AUGCAAGCUGCAGAGAAACGGGACGAAAAGGGCCAGAGGAUGGAAGAUAUUGAAUGCAACGCUCAGGACGAAGGCAGUGAAGGGGUGAAUAGUAUAUUGGCUGACAAAAUGAAGCUUGACGGCCUUGUUCAAUGCCGUAUAUCGACGAUGAUAGAGCGUGUCUCUCGAACCAGCAUCAAGGGAACAGAAGGGAGGAAAAAAAUGGAAGGGGAAAAAAGGUGUCCUCACGCAACGUCAACGGUACUUCCGAUUAUUCCAACCAGACACACGCAGCUCGACAGGGUGUUCGAGGAGGACGAGCUGUUCUGGAAGAGAAAACGAAACAGCUAUGUCAGAAUUGAGGGCUUGGACUUCGUGAAUUCGUGA